AUGUUCCUCCUCCGCCGACCACCUCGGUUCAGACCAUCCCGCAUCUUCAGCCAUGUCCCCCACCAAAAGCCAACACCCAGAUCACCACCACCACCACCACCAUCACCACAAUCCCUCCGCUCCUAUCCCCAACCAAGUUGGCACUCCACCAAACCCCCUCCCCCAGAAGAAGAGGAAAUCCACCAGCGCAUCAUACCCCACAAGCGCAACCCCUACAACCCCUCCAACAACCGCAACCCCUACUCCUACCGAACCUACAACAACGACCACUACAUCCGCCUCCAAGCCGCCGAGCCCCUCCGCGGCCCAUCAAAGAUCACAACCACAGCCGUAAUAGCCAUCGCCACAACCGCCGGCCUCCUCUUUUACUUUGCGAACCUCGAAAAGGUGCCCGUGUCCAACCGCACCCGGUUCAACGUCUACGGACCAGACUCCUCCACCCUAAAGUCAGUAGCCGAGAUGAGCUACAAGAGGUUGUUGAUCGAACUGCAAGAUCAAGGAGCGAGGAUACUACCCGAGUGGGAUCCACGGACUGUGAGAGUGAGGAGGGUGAUGCAGAGACUCAUUCCCUUUAGCGGAAUGGGCGCGAAUCAAGACUGGGAAAUCUUCGUCAUCGAUGCCCCAAACCAAGCCAACGCUUUUGUCCUGCCCGGCGGAAAAGUCUUUGUGUUCAGCGGCAUCAUGAACCUCGCCCGAGGCGACAGCGCCCUCGCCACCGUUCUAGGCCAUGAGAUAGCCCACAAUGUCGCAGGGCAUUUUGGCGAGAGGCUGUCGCAGGACAUUGGGAAGAAUAUCCUUUUGUUCAGUCUCAUGCUGCUUGGGGGGGUGAUUGGGAUUGGGCCGUUGAUUGCGGGGUGGUUUGGGACGAGCGUGAUUGAUAUCACUUUUGGGAACCCGAUGAGCAGACUUCAGGAGACGGAGGCGGAUUAUAUUGGGUUGAUGAUGAUGAGUGAGGCGUGUUUUGACCCGAGGGAUGCGGUGGGGUUUUGGGGGCGGAUGGAGAUGGUGGGACAGAGGGAGGUUGCGAGGGGACGGGUGGAUAAUUUUUCUGCACGAAUAAUGUGCUUAACUUACACUUCCGAUUGUUCUUUGUUUGUAGAGAGUACAUGGAGUCGAUUAUUAGCG